AACAUUGUAAGAUCUUCGACUUGGCAAAAUUGUUUCACUUUCGCUCUAAAAACUUCAUCUUCACUUUCUCUCCUCCUCCAUGGCGGACGGUGGGGCUGAACCUCCAGCUCCACCAUCAUCGAUAAACGCCGGUGAAUUUCUCUUGUCUAUUUUGCACGGAAGUCCUUCGCCGUCGUCACAAGGUCCUCAGCAUCAUCAGUCAUUCGCUCUCGAUCCAGCCAUCGCAGCCAUUGGUCCUACCGUCAAUAAUCCUUUUCCUCCGUCGAAUUGGCAAUCUAACGGUCAUCGACCCAGUAAUCAUAACCCUCCUUCUUGGCCACUCGCCUUUUCACCUCCUCAUAAUCUUUCCCCCAAUUUCUUAGGGUUUCCUCAAUUUCCGCCUAGCCCUUUCACGACGAACCAAUUCGACGGUAAUCAAAGAGUAUCUCCAGAAGAUGCUUAUAGAUUAGGGUUUCCUGGAACUACAAAUCCUGCUAUUCAGUCCAUGGUACAGCAACAGCAGCAGCAGCAGCUACCGCCGCCGCAAUCAGAGACUCGGAAGCUUGUUUUUGGUUCUUUCUCGGGAGAUGCUACUCAAAGCCUUAAUGGGUUACAUAACGGGAACUUGAAGUAUGAUUCUAAUCAACACGAACAGCUCAUGAGGCAUCCCCAAUCUACUCUCUCGAAUUCUAACAUGGAUCCAAACUUGUCUCAUCAUCGGAAUCAUGAUCUCCAUGAACAGAGGGGAGGUCACAGCGGAAGAGGAAACUGGGGUCAUAUUGGGAAUAACGGCAGGGGUUUAAAGUCUACUCCUCCUCCUCCUCCUCCUGGAUUUUCGAGUAACCAAAGAGGAUGGGAUAUGAGUUUAGGAAGUAAGGAUGACGAUAGAGGGAUGGGUAGGAAUCAUGAUCAAGCAAUGGGCGAGCAUUCUAAAGUUUGGAAUCAAAGUGUUGAUUUUUCUGCUGAGGCUAAUAGAUUAAGGGGAUUGUCUAUCCAGAACGAGAGCAAGUUCAAUCUUAGUCAACAAAUAGAUCAUCCUGGACCACCUAAGGGUGCAAGUCUACAUUCUGUAUCAGCAGCUGAUGCUGCGGAUUCCUUUUCGAUGUUGAACAAGGAAGCUCGUCGUGGAGGUGAACGUAGAGAGGAAUUGGGGCAGCUCAGUAAGGCAAAGAGGGAAGGCAAUGCAAACUCUGACGAGAUUGAGGAUUUUGGAGAAGAUAUUGUUAAGUCUUUAUUGCUUGAAGAUGAAACUGGUGAGAAGGAUGCCAAUGAUGGGAAGAAGGAUAGCAAGACUUCUCGCGAGAAGGAGUCGAGAGUGGACAAUCGGGGUCAACGGCUGCUUGGCCAAAAGGCAAGAAUGGUUAAAAUGUAUAUGGCAUGUCGAAAUGACAUCCACAGGUAUGAUGCUACAUUCAUUGCAAUCUACAAGUCCCUGAUUCCCGCAGAAGAGGAGCUGGAGAAGCAGAGACAACUAAUGGCACAUCUAGAGAAUCUAGUUGCCAAAGAAUGGCCUCAUGCAAAGUUGUAUCUUUACGGGUCCUGUGCUAACUCUUUUGGUUUCCCGAAGAGCGACAUCGACGUUUGCCUUGCAAUCGAAGGUGAUGAUAUCAACAAAUCUGAGAUGUUGUUAAAGCUGGCAGAGAUCUUGGAAUCAGAUAAUCUCCAAAAUGUUCAGGCUCUAACACGAGCUAGGGUUCCAAUUGUAAAACUUAUGGAUCCGGUUACUGGGAUAUCUUGUGAUAUCUGCAUCAACAAUGUAUUGGCUGUUGUGAACACAAAGCUCUUGCGAGAUUAUGCUCAGAUAGAUGUUCGUUUAAGGCAGUUGGCUUUCAUUGUGAAACAUUGGGCAAAGUCAAGAAGGGUUAAUGAAACUUAUCAAGGAACACUUUCCAGCUACGCGUACGUUCUGAUGUGUAUCCAUUUCUUGCAGCAGCGUAGGCCGCCAAUUCUUCCUUGCUUACAGGAAAUGGAGCCGACUUACUCAGUUCGGGUAGAUAAUAUCCGGUGCACAUACUUUGAUAAUGUUGAUAGACUCCGUAACUUCGGAUCAAACAACAGGGAGACCAUAGCUGAGCUGGUCUGGGGAUUCUUCAACUACUGGGCUUACGCUCAUGACUAUGCGUAUAAUGUUGUAUCCGUCCGCACCGGUUCCAUACUUGGGAAGCGAGAGAAGGACUGGACGAGAAGGGUGGGGAACGAUAGGCACUUGAUAUGCAUAGAGGAUCCGUUUGAGACGAGCCAUGAUCUGGGUAGGGUGGUCGACAAGUUUAGUAUCAGAGUGUUGAGGGAGGAGUUCGAAAGAGCUGCAAGGAUUAUGCAUCAAGAUCCUAACCCAUGUGCCAAGCUUUUGGAACCAUAUAUUCCUGAAGAUAAUAAUGGACAAGGCCACAACUGAACUUUUAAAACAUUUGAAUGGCGGAUUCGUGUGGCUUGUAUAUAUUUAUGGGUAGAAGAUUCAUGCUCUGUUCUUUUUGCUUUUUUGGUUGUGAUUUGAAAUCUUGCUUGUGACCCAACAAAAAGAAAGGUCUUAGUUUUGAAGAUUUUUGUAU